AUGUUGGGUUCUAGUACAAGAACGAUGCUUUUUCUUCUUCUCUGCAUAGGAUUACUAUCAGACAACAGAUAUAAGGUCUUAGCCAUGAGAAAUAGAGAGUUUUUCCUCGCACAAACACAAGAAGCUGAGCCAGAUGCAAUUGCUAAGCUCAAGAGCAUCAGUUUCCAUUUCAGGGAGAAAGGUGAAGAUCAAGAAAUGCUCAAGAACCGGAGAAUUCUUGAGGAGGUUAGCAAGAAUGAAGUGAAAGCUGAUCAGAAGACGCAAGAAGAACAAAAGAAUAAGACAAACGACUCGUUCAAAUCAAGCAAGAGACGUGUAAGAAGAGGAUCAGAUCCUAUCCACAACAAAGCUCAGCCAUUUUCUUGA